CCAUUGACACCGCUAUCGUGGCCAGACCAUGCCUCCUCCGCAUUAUGACUUUCUGAUCAAGUUGCUGCUUAUCGGCGAUUCAGGCGUGGGCAAGUCAUGUCUGCUAUUACGAUUCUGCGACGACGCAUGGACGCCCUCCUUCAUUACGACGAUUGGCAUUGACUUCAAGAUUCGAACCAUUGAGCUAGACGGGAAGCGUAUCAAGCUGCAGAUCUGGGAUACUGCUGGCCAGGAGCGAUUUAGAACGAUCACCACGGCGUAUUACCGUGGCGCAAUGGGCAUUCUUCUCGUGUACGACGUAACAGAUGAACGGUCAUUCAAUAACAUCCGCACAUGGCACGCAAACAUCGAGCAGCACGCUUCGGAAGGUGUUAACAAGAUCCUUAUCGGCAACAAGUCGGACUGGACGGACAAGCGUGCGGUGACGGAGGAGCAGGGCCGGGAGCUCGCGGACGAAUUGGGCAUCAAGUUCAUGGAGACGUCGGCCAAGAUCAAUGAAGGUGUCGAGGAGGCAUUCUUCACACUGGCUAGAGACAUCAAGGCACGGCUGAUCGACUCGCAACCGGAGGCUGCAGGAGCAACGGCUGGGCAGACGGGAACCGACGGAGCCGUGAAGGUGAAUCAGCCAGCGAACCAGAGCGGAGGCGGGUGCUGCUGAAGGCUGCAGCGGCUAGACAUCGGCUACUCAUAUUGUGUACAUAAAU